AUGUAUUUUUAUUUGUUUUGUAUUCUUGAAAAUUGAGGGCUUUAGCAAUCCCCUCCUGAAAUGAAGAGUUAUAUAUUGGGAUCUCUGGAAGACUAAACUAUGGAAAUUAAACUAGGAGACAGCCAGGAUCAUUUUUAGUAAAACAGUGUUCACAUCCCAAACCCCAGACUUUGAUUAGGUAUUAUGAAAGAAGGAAAUUAAGGUGAAGAUGGAACCAAAGUUAAUAGUCAACUGAUGUUAUAAGGAGAUUAUCCUGCAUUAUCAGGACUGGCCCCAAGUACUCACAAGGGUACUUAAAUGUGGAGGAUGGAUAAAAAAGUCAAAGAGAUGUGGUGUGGGAUAGAUACAAUAGAACAUUAACUUCUCUCAAAAUCUCUGUGUUGAUUCUUUUACCAAUAGCAUAAAAUUUACUUAAUGUAAGAAUACCCAUGAUUUAUUUUUAUAUGCACAAUACCAUAUUGGUUUGUGAAUAUGAAAUGAAAGAAUACCGAAAGUAAAGAAAUGCUUCCUAAAGGAUGAGCCCCAGGUACUACGGGAGUAUAAAUAAUGUACUCCCUGUAUGGGUAGGAUUGUGGAUUCUUGGUGUUCGAUAAGUAUGGAUAAUUUGGUGUCUAAACUUGUGCCAAGUCUAUAUUAUUUAAAAUUGAUAUGAGGUAGUCAAGCCACAGAACUGACCACCUGUCACUUGGCCCUUGUCCAAGUGACAGAGUGAUGCUCCUCACUGCACUGUUCUUGUUGUCUCCAGAACUCUUUGAGUUCCUGAAUUCUCAGAAUGACUUCAAAGGUAAGGUGUCCUUUUACAUGAGCAAGGUGAUAAGGGGCCUCUGCAACACCUGCCUUCCGAUCAUACUCGAGGCCAGGAGCAUCCCCAGAACUUCUUGGUGGGCUAGGUUUGAAUGGAAAUCCACCAGUUACAUCUUCCAUCCCCUCUUCUUCUUACAGUUCUGUUUUCUCAGUACUAAUCUCCUCUUCCAUGCUGUGGCUUCUAAUGUGACCAAGACCAAUCCACUAAGCAGCACUAACUACUUCUCAUGUUCCUCCAUAAAUUGCAAUGUCAGAUGCUUCAUUUGUAGAAAUGCUGCUCUCAAGUGCAUACAUGGUGAUCCUCUGGUCCAGGCAUCAGGGUCAGUCCCAUCAGCCUCUCCCCCAAGAACUUCCCCACAGAAGAGGGCCUCACAGACCAUCCUGCUGCAGGUGAGUUUCUCUGUGGCCAUGUCCUGGGUGGACUUCAUCAUCUGUCCUCUUCAACCCUAUCAGGGGCAUGUGGUCCAUUCAUCCUGGGUGUCCAGAGUUUUGUGGUCAAUUUCUAUGUCACUGUCCGUCCUUUGGUGCUAA